ACAUUGAGCUGCGAGGUGCUGCUGUGGUGUGUUUAGAAUCAGCACCAUGGCAGAAGACAUCAAGACCAAAAUCAAGAACUACCAGACCGCCCCUUUUGACAGCCGCUUCCCCAACCAGAACCAGACCAGGAACUGCUGGCAGAACUACCUGGACUUCCACCGCUGUGAGAAGGCAAUGACUGCUAAAGGGGGUGAUGUCUCCGUGUGCGAAUGGUACCGUCGUGUGUACAAGUCCCUCUGCCCCAUAUCCUGGGUAUCAGCCUGGGACGACCGGCGGGCAGAAGGCACAUUUCCUGGGAAGAUCUGAACUGGCUUCACCCACCUCUCCUCUGUCCUCCCUCCUUCUCCCAGGGAGGUGAAGGGGGACCUGGGUGCACGGUGAUCCCCACCCUGGGAUUCUGAAUCAUGGCUUAACUAAUAAUAAAUACUCGUUGGAAAAGUGAAAAAAAAAAAAAAAAA